AUGCCUACACCAAUUAGUGUUGAUCACGUCCCUAGCAAAGAGCAUAACCGGGUGGUUUCGCACCCAUUCAAGGCCAAACGCCAUGGUGCGCGUCCAAAGCUUGCUGAUUCGCCCAAAACCCGCGAUUUUUUUGCAAACAGCCACAAGUCUCUGGUUUCCUCGUUCCUGAAACCCAACUCCUCGUUUAUAGGGUCGCAACAGUCGGGACGGUCUACAUUUGAGGUUCGUGUGGACCUAAAAGAGGUGGAUCUGAAACGGUCGUAUUUGUGCGGGUUCUUCACGAUCCACGGCCUGACGGAAUCCCAUCCCGAGUUUACCACCUUCUUCAAAGGUGAGAUCAUCGGACCCCACCACUCUUUCUAUACAGCCAACGAAGCCUGGGGCUCGAGCAAGCGCAACGACUUACAGCAUUGGAGCAGAUUUCCUUCCUGGAGAAGUUUGGAGUUUGAUCCCGAAAAUGACCUUGCCAACAAGCCAUUGUACGAUAACGCACUCAACAACGAACAUCUGUACAUGCGAUGGAAAGAAGUGUUUUUGGUUCCGGAUGCCAGCGUGAAAGGUAUAGUGGGUGCCUCGUUUGAAGGGUUCUACUACGUGUGCUUUAACCAGCUCACGGGAUCGAUAUCCGGACUCUAUUUCCAUCAAUCGUCCGGCAAAUUCCAACAACUAGAACUUGCCCAUGUUCCAGACGGUGGGGUAUUACCAUCGUUCAGUUUCGCAUAA